GAUGAACUGAAGUCUUCAAGUGGCUGUCCUACACCAUGCAGAGCAGCUUCCCCUCAAGCCCAAACCAGAUGCACCAGAGAGCCGGAGCUCAGCCGCAAACCGUCAGCCCGAGUGGUGCAGCCCGAACCCGGCCGUGUCUUCUCGGGCCCCCCAAGACUUCUGCAGGACUGCCUCCACAAGAGUCUGAACCACCUACCCACCACCCAGUACCCCGUCCCAUCUUCUGCCCACCAGACCUGCUCUGGCACCAGACACCACUCCUCCUUCACGCUCCAUCACGCCUGCCAGAGCUCCCCCCAGCUCUCUGACUCUGAACAACACAGCCAUUCCAAACACACUCGCCACCACGCUGCUUACUUCAACCCGUCCACUUUAGGACGCCACACCUGCUCAGACUUCCAGCACCAACGAGAUGCCGCCAUCUCUACAAAACCCACAGCGUCUGUCAAGUUCUCCUCUAGAUCCAGCUCCUACGAAAAGUCCUGUAUGUCAAAGUCUGCUCCUUCCUCUAAAGCAGCAUCUCCAGUACCAUACCUCCAUCCAUCACCCCAUCCCUCUCCAUGUCCCUCCCCCGGCCCAUCUGUCACCCCCGCUGCACCUUCACGCAGCCCUGAGCCGCCCUGCUCUCCUGCCCUCAACCACAAGGUCACAGUGACAGGCAUGAGCCGGCUGUGUGCAGACUCCAGACCCCAGCAGAGAGAAGCCACCUUGUCUCAGCUGUCAGACAGCGGGCAGACUCUGAGUGAGGACAGUGGGGUGGAUAUAGCAGAGGCAGGAGCUCUUAGUAAGGACGGGAGCCCUCGACCCAGCAAGAACCUGCAGGGCCUGCUGGAACAGUCAGGGAUCUGCGCACCUUUAUCAGGGGCCACAAGACAAACAGCCUCACCUGUUCUGGGAGCCACCGCUGUCCUGGUGCGGGUACUGAAAAACGCUGACACCCUGGGCAUCGCCAUAGAGGGAGGAGCUAACACACGUCAGCCUUUGCCACGCAUAGUCACCCUUCAGAAAGGAGGCUCUGCUUAUAACUGUGGGCAGCUGAAAGUGGGUCACAUCAUCCUGGAGGUCAACGGUGUUUCCAUGAGGGGUCGAGAGCACAAAGAAGCCGCCCGGAUCAUUGCAGAAGCCUUUAAGACCAAAGACAAGGACCACAUUGACUUCCUGGUGGUUGAUUCAGGGACUGGUUAGAGUGGAUGUCACAGCUGUGAGGAGUCUGUCCAACACCACCACUGUCUGUGGUCAAGUCAGGGUGAUCACCAUCCAAAGAUCUACUGGAGGUGUGCUCCCCAGACUCUGCAGAGAUUUGCACAAUGGAAAACUAAAAAAGGCUAUUCCAGAAAUAAUUCCUAAGACAUCCUCAAUAUCUGCAUCAACUGCUGUUUGCAUUUCUUAGUUUUUCCUUUUUAACUGGUUUUCAAGCUUUAGAGGUUGAAGAACCAGAAGGUCAGUUAGUGAAGUACGGGUGUGUUCACUAAGCAGAUGAUAUUUAAAAUGAGAUGAAUAUAAAUAAACGCAGAUGUCUUGAUCUUGUA